AGAGAGAGAGAGUGGUCACCAGUUGUUAAUCUCUCACUACAUUUACUGCAGUUUGUCUGUGUCUCUCAGAGAGAGAGAUAGAGUGGUCACCAGUUGUUAAUCUCUCACUACAUUUACUGCAGUUUGUCUGCGUCUCCCAGAGAGAGAGAGAUAGAGUGGCCACCAGUUGUUAAUCUCUCACUACAUUUACUGCAGUUUGUCUGCGUCUCCCAGAGAGAGAGAUAGAGUGGCCACCAGUUGUUAAUCUCUCACUACAUUUACUGCAGUUUGUCUGCGUCUCUCAGAGAGAGAGAGAGAGUGGUCACCAGUUGUUAAUCUCUCACUACAUUUACUCUGCUCAUCCCUCGUUCAGCAUCCAUGGAACAUCCAGCUGUUACCAACUUCCGCAACUACAUCAGAAUUAAAACUGUUCCUCCAAAUCCAGACUAUGCUUCCUGCACCAGAUUUCUGCAGGAACAAGCGAAGGAAUUAGGUGUCAAGUGUGAGGUGAUAGAAUAUGUACCUGGGAUCCCCGUUGUGUUGAUGACACUCGUAGGACAAGACCCAAGUCUACCAUCACUGCUGCUCAACUCUCACACUGAUGUUGUUCCAGUGUUUCCUGAACAUUGGAAAUAUGAGCCAUUCAGUGGUCAUAAAGACGACAAUGGUGAUAUAUAUGGUCGUGGUACACAAGAUAUGAAGUGUGUUGGAAUACAGUAUUUGGAAGCUCUUAAAAGUCUUAGGAAAGAUGGACAUGAGUUUCUCAGGACAAUUUACAUUUCAUUUAUGCCAGGUAAGGCCUAUCAGGAAUCGUUUUAAUCAUAGUUAUAAUUUUAUACAAGUGGACUUGUAAUUCAGCCGAAGGCCUCGGUCAGACGACCAAAAGCUCCAGCUGUGGAUCAUCAUAUGAUUAAGACCCGCGUCAGGAAACACUUGUCCUGUUUCCUGACGAACCUCACCUAACCUAACCUAAGGCCUACCAAAUCAGGAAACGGGUAGAGGUUUAAACCCAGGUGAGUCUUAAAACUCACAGGCCAGUAUGUUAACCACUGGGCAUCUGCCUCUAAGAUUCAUUCAAUUUGCAAUAUUUUUAUAUACCAUUCGUGAUUUUUUUCCAAUCUUGUUAUUAAUAUUUCGUGAGUCAGUUAAGACUUGGUGCUCGUCUAAGAUUACUUUCGUAAUAUAAUCCAUCAAUAUUACUGAUAUAUGAAAGAUGGCUGCCAACUUACCCUCUCAAAUAUGUUAAAGAUGGCUGCCAACUUACCCUCUCAAAUAUGUUAAAGAUGGCUGCCAACUUACCCUCUCAAAUAUGUUAAAGAUGGCUGCCAACUUACCCUCUCAAAUAUGUUAAAGAUGGCUGCCAACUUACCCUCUCAAAUAUGUUAAAGAUGGCUGCCAACUUACCCUCUCAAAUAUGUUAAUUUUUUUGUUUUAAAUUACUACAGCAGUUAAAUUUACAAAAGAUAAAAAGCAUUUCAAAGAAAUUUAACAUAUGGAUGACUAUCCAAAACUUGGAUAGAAGUAGUUUGUUGCUACGGCAAAAGUUUUUCUUAGUUUUAUUGCUUUCUUAUAUACACCGAUGCCAUUCCCGUGGGCAUGGGGCACAGAUACAUGAGGACACUUAUAGACA